AUGAAAGAAUUUUUUAAAUUAACGUUCAAUAUGAGUGAUAAUAAUUCCGAUAUCGAAGGACCAAGUCAAUAUGCAGUUGUGUGUUUUUUACCACGACGAGGUUCUGGUUAUGAUGAGAUUGAUUUGGUCCCCUAUUCAUGGCUUGACACCAUUGAUGAAAAAGUAUACUGCUAUUAUCCGAAUACAAAAAAAAAUUUAAAAAAAAGGGAGAAAUAUUUAGAGAAAAAUUCUCUACCAAAGAAAAGCUGGAUACUUUGUGAAGUCGAAAUAAUUUCUUCUACUGAUACUUUAGAAAAAGGAAAGCGGCACUUACUACGUGCCGAAACCACGAUAAAUGUCAACACUGACGACCCAGGACGAGCUACUUCCCCGACUGUUCAACAACUGUCAUCUGCAGGUAUAAGUCGAGAAUUAGAUGAUAUAGAGGGUAUGAAUUUAGUUUUAUCAAGAAAUGAUCCAAAGAAUCUAGCCAGUGGUACAUCUCAGGUUUUGAACGACUAUCUUAAUGAUACUGACUCAGUGUCUUCGUCGUUAUUUGAAAAUAAUAAUUUAUCUCGAGCUGCUCUCAAUAACAAGUCAGAAAAACUUAAAAAUGGCUCCAAAAGAUUACCUGAGAUAAAUGCAAACAUGAUAUACGACGGUGCUUGUAGCAAUUGUGGUUUAUCUAAAGAAUAUAUUGAAUUUAAAUUCACUGAAAUAUCUAAAAAGCUAGAUAAAAUGAAGUUCAGUCUUCUAUAUGAAGUACAGAAGCAAGGCGGCAAUAUAAAAACACAAGUUAUCAUGAAUUCUGCAUCAAAUGAUGAAAAUGAAAAGAGUAAUUUAAAAAACUUAUUUGAAGUAUUAACUUAUGGUGAGAAAGAUGUUAAUACUUGCGUUCGAAAGACACUGUCUGAAGUUAUUACUACAAAAGUACAACAGUUCUACUCUGGAGCUGGUCGAAUGAUUUGUGGUGAGGGCAAACUAAAUUUUAGUGCAACUAAAACAUAUGUUUGUUUAUCAGUCGGCCGAUAUCCUUGGCCGAGACUGAAUUACUAUGAUAGGCCGAUCCUCGGCAGCUACAAUAGGAUAAUCCUUGUAUACUAUGAUCGGCCGAUACUCGGUUACUGUCCUCGGCUGAUGCUCGAUAACUAUUCUCGGCUUAUGCUCGGUUACUAUCCUCGGCCGAUGCUCAAUCGGCAGUCUCGGGCUGAUGUUAACAUCCGAUGCUCAGUGAGUCUUGCUCCUAUACAGAUUCUGAUCCUCAACCGAUGCUCGAGGAUCAAACAGCUAUCAUAG